AUGGGCGAAAUUAUCAGCGAAAACUCGGUCGCCGAGUCCAAAAUGGAUGGUUCAUCUAUGGAUGCUGACGAACUUCGUCUGGCUCAGAUGGGUCAUACGCAAGAGUUGAAGCGCCAUUUCAGUAUCUUGUCUCUGAUCGGCCUUGCAUCUACGACGACAAUCUCGUGGACAGGUCUUGGAUUAGGCAUUGUCACUGAGAUUAAUGCCGGUGGUCCAGGGGCUAUCAUCUAUGGAUUCAUUCUGGUCACCAUCAUGCAAUCCUUCCUGGGUGCCUCCCUAGCUGAAUUUGUGUCGAGUUACCCAACCGAGGGUGGCAUGUACCACUGGAUCGCUGCUGUAGCUCCCAAGAGAUACAGUGCUUUCUUGAGUUUCGUGACUGGGUGGUUGACAGUUUGUGGCUGGAUCUUUACUACUGCGUCAACAAACCUGAUUUUUGCUCAAGUUGUCCAAGCUCUGUAUGGACUUUACCAUCCUGACAUGACCUUCCAACCCUGGCAAACAUUCGUCAUCUAUCAGAUCCUGAAUGCUCUCACGGCUGCAGUGGUUCUGUUUGGAAACAAGAUCAUUCCAGCCCUCAACAAAUUCUCUCUGUUCUACCUCCAGAUUGGAUGGCUGGUCGUUCUUAUCACAGUGGUUUCAUGUGCACCCACCCAUCAAAACUCUACCUUUGUCUUCAAGACCUGGAUUAACAAUACGGGCUGGAGUAACAACGGUAUCUGCUUCAUCACCGGCCUCGUCAACCCGCUGUAUAGUCUGGGCGGACUCGACGGUGUGACGCACAUCACCGAGGAGAUGCCAAACCCCUCUCGUAAUGCACCCCUAGCAAUCGCCAUUACUCUAACCAUCGCCUUCGUCACUGGCCUCACCUACCUAAUCGGCCUCAUGUUCAGCGUCCAAGACUACGCCGCCCUCUCAACCACAAACACCGGGCUCCCUCUCGCCGAGCUCUUCCACCAAGCAACCCAAUCUGCCGGUGGCGCAUUCGGUCUCACCUUCAUCCUCUUCAUCGCCCUCGGCCCCUGCGUCGUAUCCUCCCAACUCUCCACAUCCCGCGUCCUCUGGGCCUUCUCCCGUGACAGCGCCAUGCCGUUCUCAAACGUCUGGAGCCGGGUCAGCAAGCGCUUCGGCAUCCCCUUCAACGCCCAAUUACUCGUCGGAGCCGCCAACGCCGUUCUAGGCUGUCUGUACCUCGGCAGUAGCACUGCAUUCAACAGCAUGCUUGGUGCAGCCGUUACGAUUAACAACGUGGCUUAUCUCAUCCCCAUUUCCACGAACAUGCUCACGGGCCGAUUGAACAUGCACAAGGGUACUUUCCACAUGGGUAAAUGGGGAUGGCUCGUUAAUGGCGUUACUGUAGGAUGGCUGGUGUUUGCUAUCACGUUCUUCAGUUUCCCUUAUACCAUGCCUCUGACUGCGCAGAAUAUGAAUUAUACCUGCGUGGUUGUGGGUGGAUUGCCUAUUUUGAUUUUGAUGUGGUGGUUUGUCGGGAGCAAGCAGUACAAGGAGAAGAUUGCUAGUGCGAAGGAAGAAUGA